AUGUCCAACAAAUCCGAAAUGACGGAGGAAACAAGUCAUAAGGUCAGGAAGCAAAGCACAAAGAAACCUCACAAGGAUUCAGGUUCUAGUAAAAAGGAAAGCAAGAAAUAUAAUUUUCUUGUGAGAACAUUGUGGACUUUUGUAAUGAUAUCAGGGUUUUUCAUCACUCUAGCAUCCGGCCAUUUCUGGUGUAUCAUGUUAAUUGUAGCAUGUCAAAUUGCUACUUUCAAGGAAUGUAUUGAAGUAACAAGCGAAUCUGGGCGUGCUAAAAACUUGCCACUUACAAAGACUUUAAAUUGGUAUCUCCUAUUCACUACAAUUUACUAUUUGGAUGGUAAAUCACUUUUCACAUUUUUCCAAGAUUACUUCAUUCAGUACAGAUUUUUGACACUACUUGCAGCAAAUCAUAAGUUCAUCAGUUAUUGUCUUUACCUCAUGGGAUUUGUCAUAUUUGUUUGCAGUCUGCGGAAGGGAUUUUUGAGGUUCCAAUUCGGUUCUCUAUGUAUAACACACAUGGUUUUGAUGCUAGUAGUGGUGCAGGCACAUUUGAUCAUAAAGAAUGUGCUCAAUGGUAUCAUAUGGUUUUUACUACCUUGCGGUCUUGUCAUUGUUAAUGACAUCUUCGCUUAUUUAUGUGGUAUCACUUUUGGUCGCACCAAAUUGAUCGAAAUUUCUCCAAAGAAGACUCUAGAAGGUUUCCUGGGAGCGUGGUUUUUCACGGGUCUUGCAAGUAUCAUUCUUACCAGACUAUUAACUCCUUACAUGUACUUGACCUGCCCCGUUCAAGAUAUCCACACAAACUUUUUCACUCCUCUGACGUGUGAAUUAAACCCUGUAUUUAUCCCUCAAGAUUUCAGACUACCACCAAUUGUUUUUGAGAAGUUGGGCAUAUCCGUGAUAACUAUCAAACCUAUCUACUUCCAUGCUCUAAAUUUGGCAACAUUUGCCUCAUUGUUCGCACCUUUCGGUGGCUUUUUUGCCUCCGGUUUGAAAAGAACCUUCCAAGUGAAAGAUUUCGGUCAUUCAAUCCCUGGUCAUGGUGGUAUUACCGAUAGAGUAGAUUGUCAGUUUAUUAUGGGAUCGUUCGCAAAUCUGUACUACGAAUCAUUCAUCAGUGAGAAUAGAAUUACGGUAGAGACUGUUUUGUCAACAAUUUUAAUGAAUUUAAAUGAAAAGCAAAUUAUAGAAGUAAUCUCCACUCUGAAUGCCGUACUAUUCAGGAAGGGAAUUGUCGAUAAUCAAAAAUACAAACAAUUGGCUUAUAUUUAUAGCACUGCUACAGAAAAUUUAACAAGCUAA